GCGCAGCCGCGGCGAAUCCAAACGGCACUGCGGCCUGGCGGCGGAAGAGCCGAAGCCCACCGGCUGCAGACAUGGAGGGGCGGGAAGCCGGGGUGCGAGCGCCAGCGCUAGAGGCCCUGGCCAAGCUGGCAGACAUCAUGGAGCCCAUUGGCCGGCAAGAAGAGACAGAGCUGCCGGCCCAGAUCCUGGCGGAGUUUGUGAUGGACUCCCGGAAGAAGGACAAACUGCUCUGCAGCCAGCUUCAGGUAGUAGACUUCCUGCAGAACUUCUUGGCUCAGGAGGAUGUUGUCCAGGGACUAGACCCCUUGGCUUCUGAAGACACCAGCCGGCAGAAGGCACUUGCAGCCAAGGAGCAGUGGAAAGAGCUGAAGGCCUCCUACCAAGAGCAUGUGGAAGCCAUCACAGGUGCCCUGACCCAGGCUUUGCCCACAAUGGUGGAGGCCCAGAGGAAGCGGGCGCAGCUCCUUGGAGCCCUGGAAGAGCUCCAGGCCAAGAAGCAGGUGGCCAUGGAAAGACUGAGAACAGCCCAGAAGCAGUGGCAGCUGCAACAGGAGAAGCAUCUGCAGCAUCUGGCAGAAGCCUCUGCAGAGGUGAGGCAGCGGCAGAGAGGAGCUCAGCAGGAGCUUGAACAACUGUCUCAGGAGCUUGGAAGUCUGCAACAGCAGGCAGAGAAGAAGCGGGACACGCUUCACAGGCACCAGACCUUCCUCCAGCUGUUAUACACUCUGCAAGGGAAGCUGCCAUUUCCUGAGGCAGAGACAGAGCUGCCACAGAUGCUGGAUCUUUCUAAGGAUAAGCCCCAGAAACAGAACCCUGGGGAUACCAUAGGGGAAGACAGGAGUAUGCUGUCCAAGGCUGAUGGCCCACAGCCUGCUGGAGAUCUGAGCUCACCUGGACUUCCUGAGGGACAACAACAUGGGAAAGGAACCUAGAGCAGGUCCGACUCUGGACUCUGGUGUCCCUGGACUGCAGGCAUUAUUGUCUUCACAGAAGUAUAUAUGCCUGGCAGAAAUGUGGAUGAGGAAUCUUCUUCCUUGUAACAAAUCCUCCAGAGAAUUCAAAAAAGUUUUGUACUUUAAGUCCUCAGUCCCUUGAAUUGCAAUGUCUCUAACCCCUUGCGGCAUUUGUAUUAACAUUGAACUUCACAUGUUUCUUUGACCAACUGUCUCAUUGAUUUUAUUCUUCUUAUGAACUGUUACUGCUCAGACUUCAUCAGCAGUGGUUGCUUGCUUCUUUAAUGAUGGUUUUUGCUGAACAACUGAAACCUGGGAAAACAGAGAAACCUGAACUUGCUAAAUCUCUAUUUAUUUAACCUCUGCUAUCCUAAGUAUAUCUGGCAUGCGAACAGCCCUAUGAAGGCACCCAGAGGCGCUUUGAACAUUGCAUUUGCCUUCAUGAAGUGAUCUUUCAAAAAUCCACUUGAAAUUCAUGGACCAAGAGAAUGAAGGACUGAGAGAAGCAAAUGAAACUCCUGUGGUUUAAUCAUAACAAACAAUUCAAGUAUCCUUUGAGCACAGACAUCACUGACAAUCUAUGACAGUGGGUUUUAUGAUGUGAAUUUAAAUGAAAGCUUGCUUCACUGUUCGGUGUCCCCGAUUCUAACUGGUUAUGAGCCCUGUGGGUCUGAAUUGUUCAGUGUAGAAGUUACACAGAACGGACGUCCAGUCAACCUUGGCUCUUCCCAGACGCACGCAAUAUGGUAGAUCACCCCCCACCCCACCCCAGCACCCUGUUGAGCCACUCCUGAUUGAUAGACCUUGGCAUGUAAGAAAACUAUUUUUGCUCUGCCUACUAAAAUAGGUUGAAGUCAGCAUGCUCCAGAAAUAUGUGAGGUAGGGAGGUAAUUCCCUGGAAUAAACCCAGGGGAUGUUUGGAAAUAGUUCCUUAUUCCUGGUACAAAGGAACCAGGCCUUUUUAAAAGGUACAUUUUGUCAGGGAAUUUUAGAGUAAAGUAGACUAAACAAAAUUCCACAUAUAGGGUAAGUAGGGUAACAUGAGACUGUGUGAAGGAGCUUUGACAGCCGGAUGUGAUGCCGCCGGAAGGCUGUGGUAUAUGUGGUGUCCCCGGGAGACGUUAGAGGCCAGUGGUUGGACAGAGGGCACUGAAUGACAUCCUCAGAUGCUCAAAGGUUAGAGACGCAGAUGUUGAAACUGUGAAUUUUUAUCUGCUUGUCUUCCUAUUGAUUUUUGUCACAUUUUUUCUUAGUGAAAAAAGCAGAUUUUUGUCAGUUUGCAACUUUUAAACAGAUUGUCAAUCCAUAGGUCAAUAUCCAAUGCUUUCAGGUAGUA